AGGUCUAUUUACUCAAAUACUGCUGUUUAGUCAAGAGCCUUCUCAGCUCCCCCUUCUGCUGGUCUGAAAAUGCACUCCGUUAUUUAGCAAUAACACCUCUGGAAAGCUACAGGCGAAAAGGCAAGCAAAGAAGUCCUGGGCUCUGAAUGUUUUAACUUCCAAGGAAAGUGUCAGAUUCUUCCAAAGGGAAUAUUAUCUUGUUUACUUUUAAAUCCAUCUUUGAGAUGAAAAGAAAACAUGUGAAUCCUGAAGAGUUCUGAGAACUGCCUUUUUAAGACUGGAUUUUUUCUGAAGGUUAUUUGUGACAGAAUUUGGAUGAUGGAAAACUAACGAAUUAUAAUCACUCUUAAAACAGUACCAUCUUGGCUUUUUAGAAACUUCAUCCACACAUCUCUUGUAUGGUGAGUUUGUGAUUGAAGAGCAGUGACUGGACAUCUUUCAGCAUUCGUCCAUCCCAGUUAAGAUGGAUCACAAAGGCAAGAAACACGCACUAGGGUUUCAGCGCAGUUCAACAUCUGAUGAUGACUCUGGCUGUGCUUUGGAAGAAUAUGCUUGGGUUCCGCCAGGUCUUGGGACUGAACAGGUGCAGCUGUACUUUUCCUGUCUGCCUGAUGAAAAGGUGCCUUACGUCAAUAGCCCAGGAGAAAAACAUCGAAUUAAACAGCUUCUUUAUCAGCUACCACCUCACGAUAAUGAGGUUCGCUACUGCCAGUCUCUAAGUGAAGAGGAAAAGAAAGAGCUACAGAUGUUUAGUACGCAACGUAAGAAAGAAGCGUUAGGAAGAGGGAGCAUUAAGCUGCUUUCUAGAUCACUUUCACAUGUGAUCUGUGAACAGUGUGGCGAGAAGAUAAAUGGAGGUGAAAUAGCAGUGUUCGCUUCAAGAGCUGGACCUGGGCUGUGCUGGCAUCCUGCAUGUUUUGUCUGCUCCACAUGCAAUGAACUUCUCGUUGACCUUAUCUACUUCUACCAGGAUGGAAAAAUCCAUUGUGGUCGACACCAUGCUGAACUGCUAAAACCACGGUGCUCAGCAUGCGAUGAGAUUAUUUUUGCGGAUGAGUGCACAGAGGCAGAGGGACGCCAUUGGCAUAUGAAGCACUUUUCCUGCUUUGAAUGUGAGACCAUUCUUGGUGGACAGCGAUACAUUAUGAAAGAUGGUCAUCCAUACUGCUGUGGAUGUUUCGAAUCGCUCUAUGCAGAGUAUUGUGAGACCUGCGGGGAACAUAUAGGUGUCGAUCAUGCCCAGAUGACAUACGAUGGCCAGCACUGGCAUGCUACAGAGAACUGCUUUUCAUGUGCUCAAUGCAAGACUUCCCUGUUGGGAUGCCCCUUCCUCCCAAAGCAAGGACAAAUAUACUGCUCAAAAAUAUGCAGUCUUGGGGAAGACAUUCAUGCUUCAGAUUCUUCUGACUCCGCCUUUCAAUCUGCACGAUCCAGAGAAUCUCGAAGAAGCGUUCGCAUGGGCAAAAGCAGCAGGUCAGCAGAUCAGUGCAGACAGUCACUGUUGCUAUCUCCUGCUCUAAAUUACAAGUUCCCUGGACUUUCUGAUAGUGCCGAUGGUACACUUUCUCAUAAAAUGGCGGACUUGAGCCUCACCAGCCAGGAAGAAGGAUUUGCUAAUGAUGACUGCUGGAAAAGACGAUCGGAUCAAGAAGGCCAGGAGGACCACGAAGAAUGGGCAGAGCAUGACGACUACAUGACCCAGCUGCUUCUCAAGUUUGGGGACCGAGGCAUAUUUCAGCAACAAAGCGAAGAUAACAGGCAGACUGAACCCUGGGUAUCUGACAAUUUGGUUCUAAGUAAACCUGACUUAAAGAGUAGUAGCCCCAAUCCAUCUUUUGCAAGUAAGAAGUACCAGACGGAUAUGUACUGGACACAGUCACAGGAUGGUCUGGGGGAUUCUGCAUAUGGUAGCCAUCCAGGGCCUGCUAGCAGUAGAAAGAUCCAAGAACUGGAGCUGGAACGUAAAGCUUCUGGUUACACCCAUGAUCACCAGACACAGUGGUAUGAAGGUUCAAUGGAAUGUUUGACGGACAAUGUAAACCAGGAAGAACAUACCGGUAGAGACUCCAUGGAUUCUUUGGCUCUCUCAAAUAUUACAGGUGCUUCAGCAGAUGGUGAAGGUAAACAGAGGCCUUCCUUGUAUUCUCUCCAAAAUUUCCAAGAUCUGGAAACUGAAGACUGUGAAAAGAUGAGCAAUAUGGGAACUCUGAAUUCUUCAAUGCUUCAUAGAAGUACAGAAUCCUUAAAGAGUUUAAACUCAGAGUUGUGCCAAGCUGUAGUAAUCCCAGAAGACAAAUCUAAACCUGUAUAUAUGCCAGUGUUAAGAAGAUCAAAAUCUCAGACAAGACCACAAGUCAAAUUUUCAGAUGAAGUAAUUGAUAAUGGACAUUAUGAUGAGAUGGAAGUUCGACACCCUCCUAUGAGUGAAAGGACUCGCAGGCGUGUUUAUAAGUUUGAGGAACAAGAAGAACAGCAGCACCACCACCACCGUCAUCGUCGCAGGAGGAGUAGAAAGUCGCGUUCUGAUAAUGCACUUCAUCUAGUCACAGAAAGAAAGAGUCAUCCCAAAGAAAGGUCCCGUUACUGCCAUCCGCCUAAUUAUGACUUCAUGCGAACAAGAUCACCACAAGAAGUUCAAGCCUAUAUUCAAGGCCAGGAAUUCUAUAGACAGUAUCCUCACGUUUUUUCAAACUAUGCACUGCAAAACCAGGCAAUAGGCAACUUUUUUGGCCCACACGGUGGUUAUGACGAUGACUCCUGGUGCUCGACGUGCUCUUCCUCGUCCUCUGAUUCAGAGGAGGAAGGAUAUUUCCUUGGUCAACCAAUUCCACAGCCAAGGUCUCCAAGAUACCAGUAUUAUACAGAUGACCUUUCCAGUCCUACAGCAGUACUAGCUGGGCCACAUUUUGGAAAGAGGACAAACAAAUCAAAAAAGAAGGGCCAUAAAGGAAAAAACUGUAUUAUUUCUUAGUUUAGUUCUAUUUUUAGUGACCCUGUCAAAACUGUUUUUAUGCAGCUGCACAAACACAAACCUACAAAUUACUUAUCCAAGAUUCCAAUACAGACUGCCAUCAAAGUAGUUUUUUUUGCUUUGUAGUAUUUUAUCUAAGUCUAGUGUUUUAUGGUUUGCCUACAUGUAACUCCACGUUUGCAUUUUGCUUAUUGUCUUUUAAGUUGCAUAACUACUCCUCCAUAUAUAAUAUGCCUAGUAUGCUAAACUAAUAGUCUUCAUCUUGGAAAAAAAGUUUUUACAGUGUAUUUUGAAAAAGUCAGCAGUUCAGUGACCAGAAGCUGUUAAUAUUGCCAGCUAAAGUAACCAGUGUUAACAGAACCUUAUUUGCAUAUACAACCAAGCAGCUGCAAAUAGAAUUAAAAGAUGAUAUUUAUAAUGUAGCAUUUAGCAACUAAUUGUAAUCAUAACUUAAACAUGCAAAUAUUAAUGUAUAUAUUGUAAAGUUCAGAUAAAAAAAAUGAUAUUUUUAUAUCCUUAAAUCACUUGCUAUUUUAUGGUGUAAGAAGUUGAUGUGUUAGAUGAUAUACUUGUUUUACAGCUGAAAUUACCCUUUCAUAGCUUGUUACUGCCAGCAAGGGUUUUUGUAUUAUCAAAUGACAUUCAGCAGCUUUAUUUUUUGCUCCUUUUUUUGGAAAAAAAACAUGUACACAUGGCAGGGCUGUGUAAAUACCUCUUUUUUAAAAGUCUAGCCUCUGUAAGGUUACAUGAGUUAUUUAUGAGUUAGUAAAUGUAAAAUGUAUAUAUGUAAAAACUGGAACAUAUUGGCAAAAUUAAAUAAAAUUUUACAUUAACAUGC